GCGCCCUCAUCAUCAUCACAGUGACUCGCUAAUUUCCUGGCAGUAUGCUGGGAAUAUGGCCCAGGACAUGUUCUCGACAACUGGCCACAGCCCAUAGGCUUGGUCUUCAGCAAAAGGCCCAUUACAGUCUGCUAUGUCGCGUUCCAGGUCCCGAGUCAAGAUCGGAGUAUCGACUACGAGUCCAGUGGAGACCCGGUAGCAAGUCAACGACGGAUGUUCUGGGGAUUAACUCGUGCAGGUGGAACUCUAGCACAAGUAACAACCCGACGACAACGACGAAGGCGACAAAUGUGGAACCUCCAACGAAGAAACCACUGCUCCUUCGGUUCCUGCCCUCACGCCUCUUUUCCAAGGGGGAUUCGACACAAAACGUCUCAUCGUUCCGGAAGAUUGUAUCGCUGGCGAAACCGGAAAAGAAGCCUUUGUUAAUUGCGAUUGGACUCUUGCUUGUAUCAUCUGCGGUGUCUAUGAGCGUACCAUUUACUAUCGGCAAGCUAAUAGACUUCUUUGCAUCUCCAAAUCCACAAAUACCUUUUGGUCUUUCCCUCUGGCAAGCUUCGGGCGCCUUACUGUUCCUCUUCACUGCAGGAGCCGCUGCCAACGCGGGUCGCUCUAUCAUAAUGAGACUCUCCGGUCAGAGAAUAGUCGCUCGGCUACGGGAACGGACGUAUGGUGCAGCACUCCGUCAAGAAGUUGAAUACGUGGAGAAGGGGGAGGGGGACGUUCUGAGUCGUCUCAGCGUGGAUACCAGCAUUGUUGGAGAAAGCGUGACCCAGAAUCUCUCGGACGGUCUCCGCGCAAUUGUAAUGUCUGGAGUGGGCUUGGGUGCCAUGAUUUACGUUUCUCCUACGCUCACCUUGUUGAUGCUGGGCGUUGUCCCUCCGGUUUCUCUGGGAGCUGUGUUCUAUGGUAGAUACCUGAAGAAGCUGUCGAACCAGACCCAAGAGGCUGUUGGUGAAAUGACCAAGGUACUCGCUCGAAAAGAUUGUAUGGUGGAUGUCGCGAACGAAUCACUCUCGGCUCUUCGGACAGUCCAAGCAUACAACGCGGUUCCUCAAGAACAACAGAAAUUCCACGAGAAGAUCACUAGGGUCCUCACCCUCGCCAGGCGUGAAGCCAUCGCCAGUGGUAUCUUCUUUGGAAGUACUGGAUGGAGCGGAAACGUUACAAUCCUAUGCCUUCUCGGUUACGGUGGUACCCUCGUCUCCCGUGGAGAAAUUUCCGUCGGAGAUCUAACAAGUCUACUUCUGUACACCGUCUAUGUUGGAAGCGGUCUCCAGAUGCUGACGUCCUUCUUUUCUUCUAUCAUGCGAGCCAUUGGAGCGGGUGUUCGUGUCUUUGAGGUCCUAGAUCGGACUCCAGCAAUUCCACAUACCGGCGGAGAUGAGGUCCCCCCAAAACCAGGUGUCAUUAGGUUUGAGAACGUCCGUUUCCAUUAUCCCAGCCGGAAAGGUGUGGAGAUUCUGAGAGAAUUCUCCCUUGACGUCAAUGUUGGGGAGACGGUGGCUAUUGUAGGGGAGAGCGGUGGAGGGAAGUCUUCAAUCCACUCGUUGCUGCUCAGGUACUACGACCCAGUGCAAGGGAAGAUCACGUUUGACGGCCGAGAUAUUCGUGAAUUCUCCACCACCUCGUGGCGAAAUACCAUUGGCAUUGUUCCGCAGGAUCCAGUUCUUUUCACAGGGACCAUCGCGUCCAACAUUGCAUACGGUAACCCAGAUGCAACAAGAGAAGAGAUAGAAGCUGCCGCCAGGGAAGCAAACUGCGAGUUUGUAUGGGGCAUGCCCAACGGGUUUGAUACCGAGAUCAGCCGAUUAAGUCUUAGUGGCGGCCAGAGGCAGCGCCUUGCUAUUGCUCGUGCCCUUCUCAAGAAGCCCCGCAUACUGGCUCUUGACGAGGCAACCAGUGCCUUGGAUGCUACCUCGGAGCGAAGGGUCAAUGAUGCCAUUGACAAAAUCCUUCGCUCUCGUCAAACAACCUGCCUCUUUGUGGCGCAUCGUUUGUCGACCAUCGCGCGAGCUCAGCGGAUCGUCGUACUGGAAGAUGGCCGUAUCACCGAAUCAGGGACAUUCCGCGAGUUGGUUGCGCGAGAAGACUCGAGAUUUAGGGCACUGAUGGCUGCGCAGCUAAAUGCAGCUGCUGGCGAAAGCUUGCUUCACGACCAGCAGCCCCGCCAAGGGCCUGAGCCAUGCGAGGAAGAUAACGAACUUGAAGAGUUCGAGGUGACUGAGCCUCGAAGAAGUUAA